GGGAGCUACGGCGUGCGUCCGGAACCUGGAGGCGGCGGCGGGCGCGGUUCAGUCGGGCGGCGGCGGCGGUGGAGGAUGUGGGCCACGCACGGACUGGCGGUGGCGCUGGCUCUGAGCGUGCUGCCGGACGGCCGGGCGCUGCGGCCGGGCGACUGCGAAGUUUGUGUUUCUUACCUGGGAAGAUUUUACCAGGACCUCAAAGACAGAGAUGUCACAUUCUCACCAGCCUCCAUCGAAAAAGAGCUUGUAAACUUCUGCCGCGAAGCAAGAGGCAAAGAGAAUCGGCUGUGCUACUACAUCGGGGCCACAGAUGACGCCGCCACCAAGAUCAUCAACGAGGUGUCCAAGCCGCUGGCCCACCACAUCCCCGUGGAGAAGGUGUGCGAGAAGCUCAAGAAGAAGGACAGCCAGAUCUGCGAGCUGAAGUACGACAAGCAGAUCGACCUGAGCACAGUGGACCUGAAGAAGCUGCGGGUGAAGGAGCUGAAGAAGAUCUUGGACGACUGGGGGGAGACGUGCAAAGGCUGCGCCGAGAAGUCCGACUACAUCCGCAAGAUCCACGAACUGAUGCCCAAGUACGCCCCCAAGGCGGCCGGCGCACGGACUGAUUUGUAGGCGGCACCUGGCGGCACUUGGGGGAAGCAGCGGCUCAGCUGUGUCUUCCCCAAACAGCGUUUUGUAAUUUAUUUAGACCAGCUCCUGACCAUGGCCGGUGUGGAGCCUGGAGCUUUCCUGGUGGUGCUGGCUCUCCAGCAUCCUGUCGGGGGGUCGCUUCCUUCUGUUGCUGGUUUUCUCUGGGACUUCAAAGUGUGUCUGGGAUUUUUUUAUUAAAGGAAGAGAACUUCUAGCUGUC